AUGGGGGACAUGCGGGCUUGCAGGGCAGAUGGCCCCCUGGGGGCAUGGGAGGGACUGAGGGUGACCCUUGGGACCAGGGGGGCUUGGGCUGGCACGGGGGAGGCUCUGUGGGGGGCAUGGGGGUCACUGGGUAUCAGGGCUGGACAGGGGCCUCCCCCGAUGGACGCUGUGGCAGAGGGGGCUGAGGUGCCGCCACACCGGCAGAACAACCCCCCAUACAACACGGGCGCCUUCCGCUUCGAGCUGACCUUCUCCCCCCACCACCCGCUGGAGCCCCCCCGCGCCACCCUCCGCACCCCCAUCUACCACCCCAGCGUGGACCCCGAGGGCCGCGUCUGCCAGCCCCUCACCGCCCACGAGCACUGGCAGCACGCCACUCGCGCCAUCCAAGUGCUGCAGGACCUGCUGCUGCAGCUGGACAGCCCAGACCCGGAGCGGGUGCUGCGGCCGGACUUGGCCCGAGAGCUGCAGGAGCGCCCCGAGGAGUUCCGGCGCCGGGCAGAGGAGCACACCCGGCUCCACGCCGAGCCGCGCCCCGAGCCCCGUACAUAAGGCAAUAAACUCUCUCCAUCGCC